AUGGGAGUAGUAUAAACUUGUAUAAAGUAAAGGAACUCUGCUCCCUAAAUAGAGUACAAAGUUCCUACAAUUCUAAGAAGAAAGCAAAUUGUAAAACACCCACACAAGUAAAAUAUUUUGAUUCCUCCACUUUCUUAAUUGGGUGAAUAUCAUGAAUCCCUUGAACAAUUAGAACUAGCAUUAUAAGAAAAUAACAUUAAUCUUAGCAUCCAUAAAACAGCUACUUUUAACAGCAGUAGCGCAAAUCGUUAAUCUAUUUCAAUCAACCCUAGCUUAAAUCUAUCUCUUAAUACUACCAUUCCCAAUAUGAUUUAACCAUAAAUCAAUUAGAAUUUAUCCAUUUAAGAGUAACCAUAACCGUAGCAAAAAAAUGAAUAACUGGUUUAAAGGAGAUAAACCUAUAAGGAUUCCUAAUUUAAGAUUCGCGCAGAGGUCUAAUGUGACAAAAAUAGCAGUUAUGCUCGAAGUCUCAGUAGCAACUCCAGAGCUUAAAAAGCACAAAAUGCUAAUAAUGAUGAAUAAUCGGUCUCAUUAAAAAGAGACUCAGAAACCAACACCAAAAAAAGCAUUUUGAAAAACAAACAGCAAAUUAUUACGAACUAACUAAAAAGAGGAAUAAGUCUAAGGCAAUAGUAAUAAAUAAUCAAUGAUGAUACUCAAUCUUAAAGAACCUCAAAGAGCUAAAAAAGAGUUAAAUUCGAUCCUAAAAUAUUUAGACCCAAAAACACUCAUUUCUUCUAAUGA